AGCCCUACAGGAGGGUGAGAGGAGACGGUCUCGCGAGGCUGCGGCGCAGGGAGGGAGACGGGCCCGGUCGUCUGAUUCUUUGCACCGAGGAUUAUCCCUGCUGGUUGCGAAACAAAAGCAAAGCGUGAUGGGAAUUGUAGUCCAUGAACAUCUGCAGGUCGCAGACCCGCCAAGCCCCUUCUGGUGAUUGCCACCCUGGCCUGGAUCGCUCAGGCCAGCCCGAUUUCACCAGAUCUCAGGAAGGCUGGCUGGGCGACCCCCCCAGUGGUCCACGGUUGCUACACAGAGGGAAAGAUGUUUUUGGUGGGGCUGACAGGCGGGAUUGCCUCAGGGAAAAGCACAGUGGUUGCGAUGCUGCAGGAACUGGGCUGUGUGGUGAUUGAUGCGGACGUUAUCGCCCGACAAGUGGUCCAGCCGGGCCUUGUGGCCUACCAGCGCAUCGUGCGUGCCUUUGGUCCGGAAAUUCUCACGGAGAGUGGCGAAAUCAGCCGUGAAGCUCUGGGAAGCAUCGUUUUCUCCCAGCCACAGAAACGGCAGCUCCUAAAUUCCAUCACUCACCCUGAGAUCCAGAAGGAGAUGUUGAAACAAAUCUUGAAAUACUUUGUGCUUGGCUACCGGUACGUGAUCCUGGAUAUCCCCCUGCUUUUCGAAACCAUCAAAAUGACCAGGUUCAUGAAACUGACCGUGCUUGUGUACUGUGACCCGCAAACACAGCUGUCUCGCCUGAUGCACAGGAACGGGCUGACUCGAGCCGAGGCGGAAGCCCGGGUGGCCGCCCAGCUGCCCCUGGACCAGAAGAUCAAGCUGGCCGACCGCGUCAUCGACAACUCGGGCAGCGAGGAAGACACCAAGAGGCAGGUCCUGAAGCUUCACUCAUCCCUGGAGGACUCUUUGGGCUUCCUGUGGGUGCGCUUCGUGGCUGUCACCGCUGUGGUCGGGGCUGGGGGCCUCCUGUAUUUCCUGCUGCAGCGGCUGGUGUCUUAAUUUGCCACGGGGGCGGCGGGGGGGGGGUCGUUUUUGAUGCUAAAACUUUGCGGACAGGGAUCAUCUGCUUUGGAAAAAGAUGUAGAAAUCUACUUGCCUGGAGCAGCGCCGGUCUGACUGCCGAGGACCACGUCAUACGUGUGCGUGUGUGUGUUUGGUGAAACACAUCUCAGGCACGCAAUUUUGUGAAAUUGUGAUGCAGUGAUAAAUCUACCACAACACAGCCUUUCCCACAGAGCACCGUGCAUCGCCAGCAUGAUGUGUUUUGAUAAUGGCCGGGUGUGUUGUUGCUCUGAACGAGGUAUUCCUGCCUCCUCGGGAUCCUGCUUCUGCCUAUUGGAUCCCAGGGGGGGAUCCCCGGUUGCCUUCCGUGCCAUAGAUGACGAGGAGUGAGCCGAGCCCCUCGGGGGUAUCGGUGCCCCCCAAGCUGCCGUUGGCACACACCUGGUCUUGGGUUCCGAACACGUUAUACAGUGGCUCUGCUGAAGGUGGCCCAGGUGGACUCCCACUGCACUCUGCGAGAAUUGGUGGGGUGAGGAAAUUGAGAUGUUUUCCUGCGCGUGGAGAAAUUCCCUGUCCAGAGAGAACCAAAAUCUGGUCAACGUGGGGUCGCGUUGAUAGUUCUGCACAAAGUGCUCAGUUACUUCUUUUCAUUUUAACAUCUUUUUAUGGGUCCAAAUAUUACAUUACAUUCUUCUAAGACAAUUUUUGCAAGUUCAAGUCUA